CUAGCGUUCUCUCUGACGUCUGUAAUGAUAUUUGUGUCACGAGUUGAGUCUGAUUGAGCGCGUUUUGGCUGUUUUGUUAUUUGUUAUUAUCAGCCGGUGACAAUUGGUGUGAUCUUAAUUCACGGAGCAGGAUGAAUGCGCCUCCAACCUUUGAAUCGUUCCUCUUAUACGAAGGAGAAAAAAAGAUAAUUAAAGAGCAAGACACUAAAGUACCGAAUGCUGCUAUCUUUACGGUUAAUAAGGAGGACCAUACCUUGGGAAACAUGAUUCGCAACCAAUUACUGAAGGAUCCUCAAGUACUGUUUGCCGGUUACAAAGUUCCUCAUCCAUUAGAACAUAAAUUUGUCAUUAGGAUACAGACAACAUCAGAUUACACUCCCCACGAAGCCUUUAUGCAUGCAAUUACUGACUUGAUUGCAGAACUUUCGUUGUUUGAAGAACGUUUCAAGGAGGCGAUUAAGGAAAAGAAGGAAGGCUUAGAUUAAGAGACCAAGCCUAAAACAUCUGUUUAUAAUUUGAUGAAAAUUUUCUUGUGUGUAUGUUUUAAUUGUAGAUAUUAAAAAUUUGUAUAUUCUUAUAAAAGAAACGUAUUUACUGUUUUCCUGUUUUAUUUAUAUGUAAUGUGUAAUAUAUUGCCCUAAAGUAAUUUUACUUUUUUAAUUACUGCAUAAUUAUGAAGAAAAAUUUUACAUAGUCAUAAUUCAGUAAAGUGUGUUUUUUAGAACAUAAGAUUAAGAGGAAAAUUGCAAAUAAAGAAAUUCAGCGGCU